AUGGAAGAGAAGCAGCAGUCACCGCGCACCGGAAGGCGCACGUUUGCCGAUACCUACCCGCAGGGCCUGCAGCUCAGCCAGGAGACGGUGAGCCUCCUCGAACGCAAGAACAAGAAGCGCGAGGCCCUCACCUUCGACGAGGUCACGCUCGAGGACAAGCCCUCCAUGUUCCACCCGAACGAGGUCAACGUCCGCUCCUUCAUCACGCGCAAGAUUAGCCUCAAGAGCUGCGGCAUCCUCAGCGCUGCCAUGGACACUGUGACGGAGCAGGAGAUGGCGCUGGCGAUGGCCAAGAACGGCGGUAUCGGCGUGCUCCACAGGAACCUGGACGCGCAGGCCCAGGCGCAGAUGGUCAAGUGGAUCCGUAAGAAGAUCAACUCCGACGGCAUGAUCGACAAGCCCAUCACCUUCCGACCCAACGACUACUACUCCUACCUCCAGAAGGAAGUGUCGAUGAGGCGUUGGACGUUCACCAGCUUCCCGGUGGUGGAUGAGGCGGGCAAGCUGCUGGGUCUCAUCACCCGCGACGAGAUGGACUUUGUCAACACCGACGACAACCCCAAGCUCGGCGACAUCAUGAAGAAGCUGGACCAGAUCAUCACCGCCCCGGAGGACACGUCGAGCAACGAGGCCUACAAGAUCAUGAAGGAGAAGAAGGUCAAGAAGCUGCCCGUCGUCGCCCCGUCCGGCGAGCUCAAGGGCAUGUACGUGUGGGGCGAUCUCAAGAGGGACGUCAACAACAAGGACAAGUUCUCGCUCGACGACGAGGGUCACUUCCUGGUGGCUGCCGCCAUCGGCCUGGGCAAGGACGACAUCGCCAGAGCCGAGCUGCUGGUGGCCAACGGCUGCCGCGUGCUCGUUCUCGACUCCUCCCACGGCGCAUGCAAGCCUGCUAAGGAACAGAUCAGAGCGAUCAGGGCCAAGCUGGGCGACAGCGUGGAGAUCAUUGCGGGCAAUAUCGCCUCCUACGACUCGGCCAUGUAUCUUCUCGAGGACGAGCAGGGCGCGCGUCCCGACGCCCUCAAGGUGGGUAUCGGACCGGGUUCGAUCUGCACGACUCGCAGCGUCACCGGCCACGGCAUCCCGCAGGUCACUGCCAUCUUCCAGGUCUGGCGCGCUGUGCAAGACUUUGGUAAGAAGACCGGCUACUAUGUGCCGAUCAUUGCCGACGGAGGCGUGCGCAGCUCCGGCGACAUCGUCAAGUGCCUGGCGUCGGGUGCGUCGGCCGUCAUGCUCGGUUCCAUGCUCGCCGGCACUGAGGAAUCGCCCGGUCUGAUCAUCAUGAAGAACGGUAAGAGCUACAAGACUAUUCGCGGCAUGGGCUCGCGUGCGGCGAUGGAGUCGAGGAGCGGCAGCCGCGGGCGCUACUACCGCGACGGCGCCAACCAGGCCGAGGAGCUGACCACGGGCCAGGCCCAGAAGAUGGUGCCCGAGGGCGUCGAGGGCCUGGUCGAGUACAAGGGCAGCGUCGUGCGCGUCCUGAACGUGCUCGUGGGCGGCAUCCAGGCCGGUCUGGCCCACACCGGCGCUGGCGACAUCGCCACCUUCCAGAAGCAGGCCGCCCUCUGGACGCAGGGCUUCGCGGGCAUCGCCGAGGGCAACCCCCACGAUAUCACCGACGUCAGAAACUAA